ACAAGAGCUCCAUCACUUCUCCUCCUCUAUCAUCUUCCAACACCCUUCUGUUCUCUUCCUCUUCUUCUACUAUAUAAUUCAUCCCCAUCACCCACUUGGGAUCUGCCUCUUGUUCCCUGCAUCCCCUUACCUCUCUGUUUCUCUAUCUCCUUCUCUCUCUCUCUUCCUUGUCAUAUUGUUUCUGGAGAAAACUUUAGAUUCUGUCCAACACCAACUGUCUGAGCUCCUUCUUCGUUUCUCACUGCCCAUUGUUGAUGAAUAAGAAGAGGAGCCAUUCAUUUAUCUGAUGUUUUCGAUGAGAGAGUGACUGGAUUUUUAAACCCUCAGCGGAUGAUGAUGAUGAGGUACCAGAGAGUGAGCCCGGAUUGUGUUCCUCUAAGCAAUGGCAAGAAACCAAACAUGAGAGCUUCGCCAAAAGAAGAGAUGAACAUGAUGACCGAAAACACCACCACCACUACAACAAGCAGCACAGUCUCCUCGUUGGAAUCCAAACCCUUCAGAUUCCGAUCCCAAGACCCAAGUCCCCUCUCCCAAUUCGGAGGCCUACCCACUUCUCCCAGCCCCGAAAGCCGCUCCACCCACCACAGCCCGGGCCGCACUCCCAGCCCCAGCCGCGCCGGCUCCGGCGGUGAUGUCCUCCUGCAGUGGGGCCACAAAAAGAGGUCCCGGGUCUCGAGAACUGAGAUCCGGGUCUUGGCUGAUGAGUCCUCCUCAUCAGCUCAAGCUAGACAAGCCAAAGUGCAGAGGAGAGCGGCGCAUGCUGCCGCCAUGGCAGACAAGUCCAUGCCCCCGCCGCCUCCUCCGCCACCGGUCCCGUCUUCGAGCUCGACGUCGUCGUUUUCCAAUGGUAAACUCCGAAAGGAAGCCUCAGGUUUGCUUCCGAACAGGAAUUUAGAAGAUCGAUCUGCUGUGGUUAGUGGGUCACCCUCGAGAAGCACUCUGGUCGGGAACGGCCGUGCUGCUUCUAGAUCUAUAGCCGGGAAAAGGUCUCCUCCUCCUGAAAAAAGUGAGAGAAAGAUGCCAUCUUGCUCAGGAAGAUCAGCCAAAGAUGACAAGGCAAAUGGGUCAUCUGAUCACCGGGCAAACCAUGUCGAUUCCACCUCAUUACAAUCGGAACAAAUAGCUGGAGGUGCUAACCAUUCUGGUGGAGCAGGAGCUGAAAAAGUGAACUAUGAAGUGGCUGAGUGGCCGAGAAUUUACUUGGCUUUGUCAAGGAAGGAGAAAGAAGAUGAUUUCCUCGCAAUGAAAGGCACCAAGCUGCCGCAGAGACCCAAGAAAAGGGCCAAGAACGUUGAUAGAACCCUACAGUAUUGUUUCCCAGGGAUGUGGCUAUCUGACUUGACAAGGAAUCGCUAUGAGGUCAGGGAGAAGAAAUGUGUGAAGAAGCAGAAGCGAAGGGGACUGAAAGGGAUGGAGAGUGUGGAAAGUGAAUCCGAGUAGCAGUAAAUCCGUCCCCAAUUGAUUUUAAAUUUUAUGUUAAAUGUAAACAAAACUUGUGGGAAAUGAUUUAAAAGGAAAAGUGUGAGAGAGAGACCUGUCUGAGCACCACAAAGCAGAGACAGAGACCUUUCUAUAGUCCACCUGCCCUUCUUUUGUGGGACAAAUGCGUCUUCCACUCUUCCCCCGUCUUCGGUGAUCUAUGAGUUUUGUACAGUGGACGACAUGUCGCUAAUGACGUUAUGAGCCAACGACAAGUAGUAGAGGUUCUUUGGUUUCUGUCAUUUAGUUAGUCUCUCGUAUUUUCUUGCCAAAGCCUAAAAGCAAUGACAAAAGCUUGUUCCCUUUUUCUUUU